AGAUGCACCCGGUGCCACGAAACAGGGACAAUCUAAGGCCGAACCGGGUCUAAGUCACCGAGAUGGCGUGUGUUGGCUUCAGGAACCGGGCAGAGUGUCUGACGGUUCAAGCUCGGUGCAUCUCGGCGAUGGAUCGGCGACGCGUCGGCGUCGCUGCAUGCCUGAACUAUACAAAUCGACCUCACCAGCCAGGCAAAGAUAUAAAUCAACGCGUUCCCUGGACAUUAUGCUUUCCUUUCUUUUACAGUAAUACACAGACAGAAACCGUGAGGUCACGAUCCUUCGAAAGUGAAAUCGGCUUUUUCCAUCAUCAUGGCAUCACAUAAUCCUGAGCCCCAACGGGCCAUGAGCAAUGCAUCAGAACAACCACAUCUCCUACGCACAGAAACCCGAGAGUCCUUGAGGAGCCGCGGAAUCUCUCCAAGUUCUCCGCCCCUCGACUACAACUAUCCAGAUGUCGGUCGUCCCGCCGAUCCUGUCUUUCCCGAGGAAUACACCAUCGAAACUAGCACGGGUCUCGUCCCCCAACGCACCCUCGAACAGAUUCGGUCACGACAAGGUCAACAACCUUCGUCUAGCUCCUCCUCGGACAUCGAAAAAGCGGAUGAUCAGCCUACUGAAUUCGUCACCUUUACCAUCAAUGACCCUGAGAACCCCUACAACUGGUCCCGUGCAUAUCGGUGGUACGUCACCAUGAUCGCUUCCCUGCUCGUUGUCUGCGUCGCCUAUGGCUCUGCGAUUGUGACCGGUGGUCUGGGUCUCAUUGAAGACAAGUACCACGUCUCUCUCGAAGUGGCCACUCUCACCUGCAGUAUCAUGGUCUGUGGCUUCGCUGUCGGACCCCUUCUGUGGUCGCCACUAUCGGAGAUUAUUGGUCGUCGGCCGAUUUAUAUCAUCUCCCUAGUGUUGUACACUAUCUUCAACAUCCCUUGCGCCCUUUCCCCAAACAUUGGUGGCCUUCUGGCUUGUCGCUUUCUAUGCGGUGUCUUCUCUAGCUCGGGCCUCUCUCUCGCCGGUGGUACUAUCGCCGACAUUUGGUCGAUCGAAGAACGGGGCAUGGCGAUCGCUUUCUUCGCUGCGGCCCCAUACUGCGGCCCCGUGAUCGGACCCAUCGUCUGCGGCUGGAUCACGGUGGGCUCAGGCCGACUGGAUCUCUUCUUCUGGACCAAUCUUGCCUUCGCGGGUGCGGUCACCAUUCUUGUCGGUCUCAUCCCUGAAACCUACGCACCCGUCAUUCUCAAACGGCGCGCGGCGCGCCUCCGGUCCGAGACCGGAAACCCACACAUCAUCACCGAGCAGGAGCAACACAAGCCCACACUGAAGGAGAUUAUCCGUACCUCAUUGAUUCGACCCAUCACCAUGAUCCUCACCGAGCCCGUUCUCGACUUGAUGUGCAUGUACAUUGUGCUCAUCUACUCCAUGCUGUACGCCUUCUUCUUCGCUUACCCGGUCAUCUUCGGCAAGCUGUACGGCUACAACGACGGCCAGAUUGGGCUAAUGUUUAUCCCUAUUCUCAUCGGAGCCGGCUUUUCCCUUGUUUUCACGCCGCUUGUGGAAAAGCACUUCCAUCGCAUCUGCAGCCGCCGCCCGCCCACACCCGAGGACCGCCUCAUCGGAGCCCUGAUUGGUGCACCCUUUGUCCCCAUCGCACUCUUCAUACUUGGUGGGACUUCCUAUAAGGGAAUUAUCUGGGUCGGACCCGCCUCCUCGGGGAUUGCAUUCGGUUUUGGAAUGGUAUUGUGUUAUUAUGCGGUGAACAACUAUAUCAUCGACAGCUACCAGAAGUAUGCGGCAUCCGCGUUAGCAGCGAAGGUCUUCCUGCGGUCUGGAGGCGGUGCAGCGUUCCCAUUGUUCAUCACGCAAAUGUACGAUCGCUUGGGACUGCAGUGGGCGUCGUGGUUGUUGGCGUUUUUGGGGGUGGGGAUGGUGUUUAUCCCUUAUGUGUUCUAUUGGUUUGGGGGGAGGUUGAGGGCCAAGCUCAACAAGGAGUAGACUGGAAGAAGAAAAUUUGAGGAAUAUCUGGAGUGGGCAUAGAGCUCAAACUGUGGCUUGGAGAGAAUUAUUAUACAGCGUAAUAUUAAUGGUAGUCAUGAUAGAAUCUAUAGAGUUCAAAUAACAUGUCCUUAUUGGUUCGGAACGUCAUUUUGCUGAUUACCUAAUUGCCUAGUUAGUAUUUGUGGGGAUCAACAGAAACACACCAGGAGACGAUCUCAUUGCACGAUUCAGAUUCUCGCAAAUUGCAUGAAUCCUACCAUGUAGAGAGGCGAAUUCACCGCUGCUUCUCAGGAGCCUGUCCUGUGACUGCCAUCAUGGCUUACAACUUUCCCCUCCGGUCGCAGACCUUCGCCUCGAUCGACGUCAUCCGGGAAUGGGAAAGCCAGAACGCAUUGCACCCAGACGAUCCGAUGUAUAGGAUGGACAACGUCUC